UGUUACGUUUUGUUAAGUAAUAUCUUUUCUCUCACAGGCCGGUAGACUCACAAUGGAAUUUGCUUGUGGAUUUGUUUAUGUGUCGCCAUCAGUGAAUCAGAAGAACAGCCAACAACCCAAUGUCUUCAAGCGCUCAGCUCUUCUGCCUCGUGUGAACCGGAUCCGUCCUCGUAUUCCUCCCCCUCCUCCUCCGACAAACUCUGCAGAAGCCAAAUCACCUAAAUCCCUCCAACUCACCCCCAAGGUUAUUGAGCAGUUGGAAAAGAGCAAGGAGGUGAAGACGGCUGUGAAGCCUUCUCCUUUCUAUGAAAAUGCAAAAUUCCACAAUAAAACAGAGGCAGCUUCUUCCAACAGUAUAACUCCUCAGCAGACGCCACUUCCUCGAAAAACAGCUCUUCUUCCACCGCACAUGAGACCUGCAGCAAACGGCCAGUCGUCUCCUUACAGCCAGCCACUCCGGUCCUCCAACACCAUCAGUCAGACAUUUACCUACGACCUCCCGAAAGAUGAGCCAGAUCUAAACGCAAGUCCCUGGGACCCCAACUACUCAUACACCGCGCCGGAAGGCACGGGGGUCGAGUGGAAGCCGCCAGCCGACACUACCAGUGUGCCGGCACAGCCGUCAGUCCCACUCCUUCCUCCGAGACCUUCAUUCAUGAAGUCAACACCGUUGUACCUGUUGGUGAUACCUGCAUCCCACUCAUCUCCCUCAUCAUCUCACAAAUCAGACUCGCCACUUAUCCCAUCACAUGCUAGUAAAGGAUCAGCAGAUAAGAGUCCUCUGCCGGGGAACCCUAACGUGCUCCUGGUCAGUUUAGGAAAAUUACUCUCAGAGGAAAGAGUGCAGACAACACGAGGAGAACCCCCCUCCUGCUCGCAGUGCGGCUCUGUGCAGGACUCUGGCUAUGACAAUGUGGUCGAUGAGUGUUACUUCUGUCAGCCUUUGGAGCCGACCAGCCCUCCCAGUAUACCACCGUGUCCUCCAAGUGCUCACCAGGACGACCUCUUUUUACUCUGUCCUGAUGAAAAGCCUCAGUGUGCUGCUGACGCUCUGCUGCUCUUCUGCAUCGACAUCUCAGGCUCCAUGAGCAUCACCUCGCAGGUGUCGGAGGGAGAGCAAGUUGUCCACAGAUCCCGUCUCCAAUUUGUCCAGGAAGCCGUGUUGCAGUGCGUUCAGAGACUAAGUGAACAACAACCUGACAUACGAGUGGGACUCAUCACCUUCAACCAUCAGGUGACGAUGCACGGAAAUGAGAACUUCACGUCACAUUCUCUGAGCGGUGGCGAGUUGACUGACACCGCCUUCCUGAAAGAGGCUGCGGCCAGUUUCCCCACUCCACCUCCACUCUCCCAGACCAGGGACUACUUACACAGACAAGUCAUGGGAUUGUCUGACGGUGGGACAACAGCUCUCGGUCCGGCUGCUCUGCUCACCAUCGCAAUAGCCUCGAGACAACCAGGGUCCAAGGUGAUCAUCUGUACAGAUGGGAAGGCCAACACAGAUUUGGGGAAUCUGGAGGUGGAGGAUAAUGACGCUCGCACCCUCCUCUCAUCCACCAUCUUCUACCAGGAUCUGGGGGAUUAUGCUGCCAAUCAGGGUGUGACCGUGUCUGUGCUGGCCAUAGAGGGAACAGACUGCAGGCUGGAUGAGCUGGGAAGACUCGCUGAUCGCGCCGCAGGGCAAGUGGUGAUUGCAAGCCCCAAUAAGCUGCACACAGAGUUUGAACAGAUAAUUGAGAACAGGACGAUUGCUACACAUUGCACCGUCACAUUACUGCUGCCCCGAUCACUGCAAAUGAGAGGGGAGAGGGAGGCAACGCACAAAAUCACCAGAGAGGUGGGGAACGUGGAUCCAGAUACAGAGAUCACCUUCCAGUUUGGAGCCAGUGAAGAAGACUCAGAAGUGUCAGUGCCAGCCUCUCGUGGCCGCGUGUCCAUCCAGCUGCAGAUCCGGUACAGGCAGAGGAAGGGACAGACGGCGCUCAGAGCGAUCACCACAGAGCGAGAAGUUACUGACGACAGUGCGACGGCCCUGUCCUCUCUCUCUCUGGCCAUCAUUCAGCUCAACUCGUCACAGGCCAGUGCCGCUCUGGCUGUCAGAGGCCGCUUCCUCGACGCCAGGAGGGAAGGAGAGCUGCAGAGGAAGCUGAUCGAGAGAGCGAUAGAGCAUAACCGCAGCGCACAGGACCAUCAAACGUACCAAGGAUGGGUUGAAACCAUGGAGCAAAUAUAUAACAACAUGCAUAACCUUACAAGGAGACAAUCCGUCGAUUCAGACUCGCAGUCUCUAACAGACGCUGGUGCAGCACUUCUCUACACCAUGAAGCACAGCAACAGGAAGUCCAUCUCACUGAAGAAUAAACAUCAACUCUAGCCAACUGUCAGCCUCCACAGUCAUGAAUGAAACGGAUACAAAUUCUGCCAUUUGACUAUCUGGCCGAAUGAAUAUCCCUCAAAUAUUUCAUAAUUUAAAUAAUAUAUAUAACUGACUCAGACGCCAUCAUGCAGCUAACACCUAGAUCCUUGUGUGUCAGCAAAACACAUCUCACAACACAUAAACCUCCAACACAACUGUUAAUAUAGUUCUGAUUAUGUAAUUGUGUUUUAAUAGAUGUAACUUGACAGAAAAAGCGUCAGUUUCUAUGUGUUAAUGUUUAAAAGCUGCUAAAGGGAGUGAGCAGUGGAGUACAUACAGGAUAAGACUAACAGUAAUCCUGCCUGAGAUGGAAGCUGAAGCAUCACCAGACCUGCGUUUCAACAUGUGACGCUGAGCAUGGGGCAUUAUUCAGCGCUGGCAGGUUCCAGGAAACAUACACAAACCAGGCUUCAAUCAGAAUACGCAGGCUGAUGCCGAGCAGGUGAAAGCCUACUGUGCCUCUGUCUGUGGAAACAACCUGGACCUCCAGCUACCGGACAGAGAGGAUAACCAGCACGUAGAGGACCAUCAUAGGUUUGUUGAAGCAGAUCCCUGCUGCCGUUGCAUGUGAAGUCAGCCUCCCGUUUGCUAAAAGGGCAGCUCAGCCAGGAAGAGGAUC